GUAGUGCCUCCCUACCCAAUUAGCCAAUCAGCAGUCGCCUCUGACUGGCAGAAGGACACAUAAAAGAAGAACAUUGCAGCAGAGGCACAGAAGGAGACUGUGGAGAGCUGGGAAAUACACAUACACACUAGCACACACACGACAACAGAACCAGAACACCCUCCUCUGGACACACCCUACUGGGGAUCACUGCUUCUCCUUUUUUUUUUUUUUUUUUUAUUUCCGAACCAUCGCCCACGCCGCACAGGGAGAAAUCUCUCUCUCAUCCUCAUCAUCAUCCUGAAGAAAAUCCCUUUCUCCUCAUUUUCACUCUGCUUGAGGACACCUACAAUCACACGGGCUGAGAAUCCCUGAAGACAAGAUUCUUUUUUCCUUUUUCUUUUUUUUUCUUUUCAUUUUGGAAAUCGACACGAUUAUUCAAGACAAACAUUGAUAAAGACCAGAGUUAACCCUCCAGCAAGCUCGAAGAAGACCUGCACAUCGAAGGAGCUAGAUCGCUAUCAUCUUUGUACAAGAAUGGUUACUAUAAUCAGCACCAUGGAAACUCAGGUGUCCAACGGUCCGAGUGGAACCAGCAUGCCUAACGGCCCGGUCAUUAGCACCAACGGUGCCACAGACGACAGUAAGACCAACCUGAUCGUUAACUAUCUGCCUCAGAAUAUGACCCAGGAGGAGUUUAAGAGCCUGUUUGGCAGCAUUGGAGAGAUCGAGUCCUGCAAGCUGGUCAGAGACAAAAUCACAGGUCAGAGCUUGGGCUAUGGCUUUGUAAACUAUGUCGACCCUAAUGAUGCUGACAAGGCCAUCAACACGCUCAACGGUCUCAAACUGCAAACAAAAACAAUCAAGGUGUCCUACGCCAGACCCAGUUCAGCCUCUAUCCGUGACGCAAACCUCUAUGUGAGCGGACUACCUAAGACCAUGAGUCAGAAGGACAUGGAGCAGCUGUUCUCCCAGUAUGGCCGUAUCAUCACCUCCCGUAUCCUGGUGGACCAGGUGACAGGCAUAUCACGAGGAGUGGGCUUCAUACGCUUUGACAAGAGGAACGAGGCUGAGGAGGCCAUCAAGGGCCUGAAUGGCCAGAAGCCCCUGGGUGCUGCCGAGCCAAUCACUGUCAAGUUUGCCAACAACCCAAGCCAGAAGACAGGCCAGGCACUGCUCACUCAGCUCUACCAGACCGCUGCCCGCCGUUACACAGGGCCUCUGCACCACCAGACUCAGAGGUUCAGACUCGACAAUUUACUAAACGCCACCUACGGAGUCAAGAGUUGUCCAUCUCUCCUCCCCAGGUUCUCUCCCAUCACCAUCGACAGCAUGACCACGCUGGCGGGUGUAAACCUGACGGGUCCCACCGGCGCUGGCUGGUGCAUCUUCGUCUACAACCUUUCUCCUGAGGCUGAUGAGAGCGUUCUGUGGCAGCUGUUUGGGCCGUUCGGUGCCGUCACCAAUGUCAAGGUCAUCCGCGACUUCACUACCAACAAAUGCAAGGGCUUCGGCUUCGUCACCAUGACCAACUACGAUGAGGCGGCUAUGGCCAUUGCCAGCCUUAAUGGCUACCGCCUUGGUGACCGUGUGCUGCAGGUCUCCUUCAAGACCAGCAAGCAGCACAAGGCCUAAGAUAGAGAGGUGUGGCCUGGCCGUUACCACCCUUUUUAACCAAAAGGGGAAGGAGGCACUAAGCUUCCCGCACAUUUACUCUACAUGGGCCUGGACUGAGUCUCUCUUUGACACACACUUAUCACACACAUUACACACCCAAAUGCAACACACACACACACACUUAGACAGAGUCUCCAAAAAUGACAAACACAUGAGUUUUUUUUGGUUUCUCUUUACAUGACAUGCAAAUCCUUCCCUACAUUUGCCUGGAUUGAAUUAGUAGAAGGUGACUUGGUGACUUUGUGAGAUUUCAUUGUAAGACACACAGUUUUAAUGAAUGUGACCCAGAAUGUGUGCUAAGUGCUUCGGUUUAAUUCAGGCAAAUCAGAAGCGUCACUGAACAAAAUUGAUCGUAUAAAUAUAUAAAUAUACAUAUAUUUGCAGUUUACCCAAAUUCUUGCCCCAGUAACUCUCCUGUAUUUAAGGAGAGAAUGUAGUCACUUUUUUACACUUGGGCAUUUUGAAUCAGUGGAUUUUUUUAGAUUGAAGAAAAAAAGAAUAAAAACAGUGUUCUCUCAUAUAUAUUAUUAUUAUAUAACUAUAUAUUCAAUAUUUAAGGUGGUUAUAAUAGCCAAGUAUGUAAGCAUUUUCUAGAACUUUUAUUACGAUUUCCUGGCUUCACCUACGGUUGCAUUCUAGCUUUAGCGCGCUGUGCAGACCCCAUUAAAGCUCCAACCCUUGCAGCCAGUAUAAUAAUGUGCAGAACAGCACCUACAAGGCUGAGGAAUAUGAGAAGGUCAUCAUAAUCACUUCACUAUAAAUUCAACAAGGCAUCAUAAACUCCAAGCUCCACACACACACACACACACACACACACACACACACUCACACACAUAUACACUCACACACAUAUACACUCACACACAUAUACACUCACACACUCACUCACACACACUCUCACACACACACACACACAAACACACACACACACACACACACACACACACACACACACACACACACACACACACACAGUUAUGAACAUAAAGUUACCUAAAACAUCCCUGGAUUGUUCUACACUAGUUCCUAGCGUUCAGAUGCUGUCCCUGAGAGCAGUGUUUACAUGGAGAUGAGGUGUGCAUUCAUUCUCUCUGAAAAGGCGAGAGGUUAUGUCUAGAAAAAUAUCGCUGCAAUAUAACCAAAAAUUCCAAAAAUUUCAGAAGGGAUUUCUUGGUCAGGCUGAACCAGGAGGACGUCUCAACUUCCCUUUGGAUGAAGGACAAUUUUUAAAAGCUGACCUUAGGAGAAUUAAAGAGACAAGGGUUUAGUAGCUUCUACCCUUCGUCCAUAUUACAUCCCU